AUGGGAAUGCUUAGCCAGACCUCUAGACCACCAGCGGCCUACUGUAGGGUAGGCACCACCCAUCAACACAGCAUCCACCAGCAUCAUAUGCCAUCCCGCCAACCCAUGUUCCACUCGACCCUGCUUGAGGCUCAGACAGCCCAUUCACAUCUUGCAUCCGCCUUAACCCUGUCCAGGACCCAGACAGCUCAUUCACAUCCUGCAUCUUCUUCGACCCUGGCCAGGACCCAGACAGCCUAUUCACACUUUGCAUCCUGGCUAGACACACUCAGCCUCCGACACACAGUCCAACAUCGGACAGCAUCUCACCUCGACACAUCGUUCCAACUCACCCUUGGCCAGUUCAACCACUCAGCGUUGAGCUACGAAACUUCAUGGACGACCAACUGCUGGCCAAUCGAGCCCAUCAUAUCGACCUGGUUCAUUGGCGUUCGGGUGGUUGAUGUCAAGUGGAAGGAAGCUGGAGCAGGUGGAGGCGUUGCUAUUGAGCGAAUUUGCGCAGGUCUUAGCGUCAUCGCUAGCGCUGAUUGCGCCGUUUGCGCCGUGCUGCGCUGCUUUGUGCUGGCAGCCGGCUACGCUGGCGCCGAUGCUGGCGGCAGGAACAGGCAGCAAGCCACGGUGAAGGUGAGGACAGUGCGCGGUGCUGACGUAACGCAGAAUGGACAGUCCAUAUUUUCUGUCCACAUUACGAUGGGCAGGCCGAAACGCGUGUCCGAGAAUGGUUGUUAGCGACGAGUCUGUGGUGUUGAGGAUGCGGCUGACAUUGUAAGCAAUUUGGUAAGGCUGACCGUAAGGUUAGCAAGGAGGCUGAUGGAG